AAGGGCAGAAAAGAAAAAAAAGAAAAACAAUAGUUUAUCUGAGAGCUCCAAAUUGCCUACCACCCAUUCCAAAUUACCUACAAAAAUGUCUUUUUGAUUCGUAAUAAUAAAGAAACAAGACAAAGGGGAGGUGGCCAUCCGCCAUUGUUAAACUCCCAAGUUGUUUUUUAAUGGCUUCAAUUCCAUCAUCUCCGAAGCCUCCCAAUCUCACUUUCCCCAGCCCCCAUUUUCCUUCUUUUAAAACACCCUUCUUUUACCCUCUUUCUACCUCCAGGAGGUUCCCUCAUUCCACCCUUUGUCGUUGUUCCAACGAUUCUUCCGAUGGUAAUUCCGGUAACUGGCGGUGGGACUCCGCUAUUCAAGGCGUUUUCAAGAAUGCCGUCAAGAGAUUCUAUUCCUACAUGAACCCUUUUCCGAAAAGCCCCACCGGGGAUGGUGAUAAGGUGAACGACAACGUUUCGGAUAAGCAACGAGUGGAGGAUUGUGAUUGGGAUUGGGAUCGGUGGAAAAAGCAUUUCGAACAAGUCGAUGAACAAGAACGCCUCUUAUCCCUUUUAAGGUCGCAAUUAAAUGAAGCUGUACUUAGUGAAGAUUAUGAGGAUGCUGCUAGGUUAAAGGUUGCAAUUGCAGCUGCUUCUAGAAAUGACACUGUUGGCAGAGUUAUAUCACAUUUAAAUAGAGCAGUAAUGGAAGAACGUUUCCUGGAUGCUGUAUUUUUAAGGGAUAAUGCUGGUGCUGGAUUAGUUGGAUGGUGGGCUGGUCUUCCAAAUGAUACCAAAGAUCCAUACGGUCUAAUUAUACGGAUAACUGCCGAACACGGUAGAUAUGUUGCCAGGAGUUUUAGUCCUAGGCAGCUCACUACUGCGUCAGUUGGUGUUCCUUUGUUUGAGAUCUUUCUUACUGUAAAUAAGAAAGGUGAAUACAAACAGCAGGCUGUGUACUUGAAAAGGAGGAGUGUUUCCCAAGAUACUUCAAUGUCACCAAAAACAUCUGGAACCACCAGCCACUUGGGUCCAUCAGACUCCAUUGAAGAGAAAAACGAUCUUUUUGUUCUUGGCACUGAAGAUGGUGUUGAUGAAGAGGAUGAUGAUAAAGAUGAUGAUGCAGAUGAGAGUGAGGGACUAACUGGUUUUCAAAAUAUAUUGCAAGAUGUGGUUCCUGGUGCAAAGGUCAAGGUCGUGAAGGUCACUUCACCUGGGAAAGUAGACCAAGAUUUUAUAUCCAAGGUGAUUGAGCAGAUAAUAGAUGAAGAAGAUGAAGAAAAAGAUGCUGAUAUAGAAAGCAUAGAAGUGGAUGAUGAAAUUAAGAGUGAUAAUGACCAAGAGAGAGGUAAAAUUGAGAUGGAUGUGGAUAAUGGAGUUAUUGAUAGUGAUAGGCGAAGUGAAAUUGCAAUUAAAGUUGUUGUUGGUGGUCUUGUACAAAAGCUUUCUGGCAAUGUUCCUGCAAUAGAGUCACUUAGAGUUCCUGCUAAGCUAGUGAAAAAGGGGCACCUAGCAUUUUCAUUUUCUAUAGAAAAGGACGUAAGCCAACAAGAUAAUAGUCUCAAGGCAAAGGGUUUGAUAGAUAGAAAAGCAAAGGUUCAAGGUCAACGCACCGCAGAUGAAAUAAUGAUUGAUCUUGCUAAAUUUAUCGGCAGAGAGAAGAUACCUUUGAAGGUACUCAAAGAUGUUGGUGAAUUGAUAAAUCUUACACUCAGUCAAGUUAAAAAUCGUCAACCACUAUCUGGUUCUACAACUUUCCAUCGCAUUGAGAUUGCGGCAUCACCGGAUCCCCUAAAUGGAUUAUAUAUUGGUACACAUGGGCUUUACACAUCAGAAGUCAUUCAUCUUAAACGCAAAUUUGGUCAGUGGCAAGGGGAUAGUGGGACUAAGGAGCCUUCAGAUCUUGAGUUUUAUGAAUAUGUGGAAGCUGUAAAAUUAACUGGAGAUCCUUAUGUACCUGCAGGCCAGGUGGCGUUUCGAGCCAGAGUUGGUAAAAGAUAUCAACUCCCACAUAAUGGGCUAAUUCCUGAAGAAUUUGGAGUGGUUGCUCGAUAUAAAGGACAAGGGAGGCUUGCUGAACCAGGCUUUCGAAAUCCUCGAUGGGUUGAUGGCGAGCUUGUUAUUCUUGACGGGAAGUACAUCAAAGGAGGGCCGGUUGUUGGAUUUGUAUAUUGGGCCCCUGAAUAUCACUUCUUGGUGUUCUUCAAUCGACUAAGGCUUCAACCAUAACUCUAUCGUACAUAGUAUUUGAGCGUGUUUAUUUUCCGUUCAGAUAACACGUUUUCAACUAGAUUCUUGUCACUGAAUAGUAGAGCAACAAAGAAGGGAAGAGAUUCAAGCUUAUAUUUUGACUGCCUGACUUACUGGGUUUAUGUUGCCGAAGUCGCCGUGGAGCUUCUCUAGAUUCAGUCUUUAAUGAAGUUCCUUUCCUUGGAUCACAGCAUCUGAUAACUUCCGAAAGUAGGGGCCUAUUGGAAUCAUCAUAGCCAUAGCUGGAGUCAAUGAUAUAUUCCGUAAGAUAAAGAAGAUCCAAAUGGUUAAUAGAUGAAGUUAGGAGUUAGGACCAGAGAAAUAUGGCAGGCCUUUUGAUGGCCUUUAGCAUAUGAGCUUCAAAAUCUCUGUAAAUUGGCUUUGUUUUUAAUUGGCUAAACUACUAAAAUAGCCCCUCAACCAAAAUACUUCUGUCAAAUAAGGCCCUAUACUUUUUUGUCAGUACUUAUUAUGACUUAAUUAUUCUAUAUAAAAAGUUUUAUUGCUUUUCCUUUGAA